CAACAACGGGCGGGGCGAUUCAAAAAAUUUCCCCAUCUCCAGUUCUUUCCGCUCCCGUCCCCCGCUUCACACACACACACACGAGACGGAGCGGAGAGCUGCUCGUCGCUGGGCAUGGUGAUCCUGGACCGCACGCCGGCCGCGGCGACAGCCCCCCCCUACAGCCCGCUCCAGAGGUCCUCGCCUAGGGUUCCGCGGGAGUCGGCCUCGCCGCCCUACGACCCCAUCCUCCCGUACGUCAGGUCAAUCAGCAAGGCCAUGGAUGAACUCGGGACAGGCCAACAAUAUGAUGCAGCAGCCCUUGACCAGCUCAAGGUUUACAUAACUGAAUGCAUUGAAAAAUACGGGGACGAUUAUCAGUACUCCACCGAUCCCCGCCUCCUCAAGAUCUGGAUCCUCUAUGCGGAUGCAACUGGUGACUUCCCCACGGUUUACAAGCAGCUUGAGGAGAGAACAUUGUUCUUGGACCAUGCACUGCUCUAUGAAGCAUAUGCACUGUUUCUCUUUGCUAAGGGGCAAGUGCUGGAGGCUGAUAAGGUGUAUGGGAUCGGUAUCUCCAGAAAAGCUGAGCCCCUGGAUCAUUUGAAGAAGAUGCACUUGGCAUUUUUGAAACAUUUGGAGAAAAUUGUAGAAGAAGCGGAUGCAGAUGCACAGCCCAAACCAUCAAAAAUACAGAAGAAGGAACCUAGUGUGGUAGAUCCAUGGUCCCAAUCUACUAGGAACACUUUAUUGGAGACAAUAAAUGGUGGCCUCAAGAAGUUCGCUGGCUUUCAUAGGAGCAACAAGGUCUACUCCGGAAAGGUGCCCUUAACUUCUUCGCUGAAUGUUAUAAGAAACAAGGUCAUUGAGUUAGGUGGCAGAAAGUAUCUGAUCAAAGGAUCUCCUGGCACUGGUGCUUUUGCUAAAGUAUACAAAGCCACUGUUGAUGGUAAUACAGAAGAACUGGUUGCUUUGAAGAUUCAGAAGCCCUCAUUUCCUUGGGAAUUUUACAUGUAUCGCCUGCUUGAUAUGCGUAUAUCCAAUAUUGAGAGACCAAGCUUUGGCUACACGCAUGAAGUGCAUGUCUUCUCUGACAUCAGUGUGUUAAUCUGCGAUUACCUGCCAUACGGAACUCUUCUGGAUGCCAUAAAUUACCAUUUCUUACUCAGUCGGAACAUGGAUGAAAUUCUAUGCAUGUAUUAUACCAUAGAGAUGCUGAACAUGCUGGAAACACUGCAUAGUGUUGGCAUAAUCCAUGGUGAUUUCAAGCCCGACAAUAUUCUUGUUUGCUACCCAAGUAGAGAAAUCACAGAGGACACCUUCAGAAGCGAAACAAGAGCCGAGCAGAAUCAGGGGUUGUGCCUUGUUGACUGGGGUCGUGGCAUUGAUCUAAAUCUUUUCCCCACCGGCACGGAGUUCCACGGGGACUGUGGAACCUCGGGGUUCAGCUGCGUUGAGAUGCAAGAAGAGAGGACCUGGACGUAUCAAGCUGACACAUACGGCCUCUGCGCCAUCGCACACAUGAUGCUUCACGGGACACCCAUGAGCGUCGAGAAGGCGCCCAGGGCUGGUGGAGGCUACGAAUACCAGCCGAAACUGCCGUUUAAAAGGUACUGGAACGUCGAGCUGUGGAAGGACCUCUUCUCCACGCUGCUGAACGCGCCGUCCAACGGGAGCGACGUGGCCGCGCUCCGGAGCCUGCGUGCGUCCUUCCGGGAGUACAUGUGCAGCAACAGGCAGCACAUCGGCAAGCUGAACCAGCAGCUGGCGAAGCAGAAGGCCUCCCUGUGCUCAUCCUGAGGCGCAUUGAUCGACCGAUUCACUUCGCAACAUGUCUUCACCAUGGCUUUCAAUGUUGUGUCAAUCA